AUGGUGUUUGAGGACAUCCAGUACGAUGAUAUCCUGUUCGAGGCGGCUGUGGGCAGAGGAACCUUCGGUGUGGUCUUCAAGGCUGUUUGGAGAGGAAAAGAUGUGGCCAUCAAAACCAUCGAGAGCGACGCAGAGAGAAACGCCUUCCUGGUGGAGCUCCGGCAGCUUUCCCGGGUCAGUCAUCCCAACAUUGUGAAACUGUACGGCUCCUGUGACGACCCGGUUUGUCUGGUGAUGGAGUACGCAGAAUGUGGCUCUUUAUACAACCUCCUGCACAGCGCCGACCCGCUGCCUCACUACACGGCCGCCCACGCCAUGAGCUGGUGCCUGCAGUGCGCGGACGGCGUCGCCUACCUGCACAACAUGAAGCCCAAAGCGCUGAUCCACAGAGACCUCAAACCGCCAAAUCUGCUUCUCGUUGCCCGGGGAACGGUGCUGAAGAUCUGUGACUUCGGGACGGCGUGCGACAUCCAGACCUACAUGACCAACAACAAGGGCAGCGCCGCCUGGAUGGCUCCCGAGGUGUUUGAAGGGAGUAACUACAGCGAGAAGUGUGACGUGUUCAGCUGGAGCAUCAUCCUGUGGGAGGUCAUCACCCGCCGGAAGCCCUUCGAGGAGAUCGGCGGAUCGGCGUUCUGCAUCAUGUGGGCGGUGCACAGAGGAACUCGUCCUCCUCUGAUCAAGGAUCUCCCUGAACCCAUCGAGACGCUAAUGACCCGCUGCUGGGACAAAGAGCCUAGUCAAAGGCCGUCUAUGAGCGAGGUCCGGGACACCAUGAGCAGCUUGAUGAAGUACUUCCCAGGUUCUGAUGAACCCCUCAAUCUUCCUCACCAGUCUUCGUCAUCCAACAGAAGUGGCUCCUCAUCCGCAACGAGCACAGGCUCGUGUGCUGAUGGAACGAUUCACAGCAAUCGCAGCGACGACGCCAAACACAGUUCUGCAUCUGGCGGCGAAGAAACGCUGCAGAACACUGAGAACAGAAUCCCGCUGCAGGCCAGAACUCCAAAGGCUCGGUGGGCCGCUGUCUCCAGAACCUCCAGCUUGGAGAGUCAAAGCUCCGCCCACUUCAGCAGCUCUGUCAGCACCUGCAGCCAAUCAGAGCUGAGGAUGACCAUUAGCCCGACAGGUACUGAGGGAUCAGAAAGCCCGGUUCCCUCCGUCUACCUGAAAUUGGACCAUCAGUUACAGCCUUUGGCUCCUUGUCCAAACUCCCACGAGUCCAUGAUGGUGUUUGAGCAGCACAUACGAAUGGCUCAGGAAUAUCUGAGAGUCCAAUCCGAGAUUGCACACCUUCUGAACAGGAAAGAGGAGCUAAUGGCGGAGCUGGAGCAGGAGCAGAAGGAGCAGCAGACCUCUUCACGCCUCAUACAGGAACACAACAAGCUGCUGGAGGACAACAGCAGCCUGUCAGCCGUCUGCCAGGACCUGAGGAGCAGGCUGACUCUGAUCCAGAGUCAGAACCAGCCCUACAGCUGAGACCCAGCAUGUUCCUGCCUCUGAUUCUGCUCAGAUGUAACGUAUUGGGUCCAGACCUGCAUCACCCUGGACCUGUUUCUUCAGCAGCUCACCAGCAGUCUGUAGUGGAGCCGGUCCAGAGCGAAACUGAUCCUGAGGUGAACAGAUGAACUUCACAGUUGGGUCUGAAGGAACUGAUCAUCCUCAGAUCAGCUAAAGAACUACAGAACUAAAAGCUGGAGAAAUGUCAGCACUGGUUUUACUAAAGUUCCCCCACUGAACUUCUUAAAUUAUCUACUUUUUGUAUUUUUAUACUUUUUUUUUACCCAUUCAAGCUGACUGCAAUAGAGAAAAAAAACUUUCCUUUACAAA